GUGGAGUCGCCAGCAGCACUGUCUUUUCACCACCUGCAAACACACAUUCUCUCUCUCUCUCUCUCCUCCCAUUUCUUUUUAGGGCAAAAGCUGCUCUGCUUCUUUGGAAUUACUGUUCUCUUUCUCUGUCUAAUUUCAAGGCACUAUUCUUGUCUGGUCACCCGGUUUUAUUCGAUAUUGCAGGUCGAAGAGCGAGAAGAGCCUCUUUGUUUUCUGCUUUUUAGGGUUUUGUUAGAGGUUUAUGUGCGGUCUCGCCUCGAUCCUACGGUCAGGGCCGCUUUGCUUUCAUUCAAUACUGUUUUAGGGUUCUACUGUGUAGAUUCGAAGAGUUUCUUUACGGCUUUUUGUGUGGUUGAUGGGCCUGUUUUUUUUUCUUUGUCGGAUUUUGGUCGUGUUUUGAGCUGAACGGGGUCAGAAUCAGGUGAGAUUGGUAAAUUUUAGGGUUUCAGUUGCUUGAGUUUCGGUGUCUGACUGUUAUUGGAGUGAAAAAGAAGGGAAACUGAGUUUGAUUGAUGGAUUUUAAGGUUUUGUUUGCUGAAGUUUGGAGAUUUUGAAAAGUAAGCUUGCAAGAACUUGAUAUACUACUGUUUGUGAUCUCUUGGUUUGGUUUGAGACGAGCUUUUAGAAGUGAUACCAGUAUUAGAAAACCCAAAUAGCUGUGAAAUGUUCUGAUUUUUCACAGAGCAAAGAUUGAAGUACAGGAGCUAAGAUUGGGGGAGAUUGUGGGAUGCAUCAGAGCAAAUUAGCAUUUGUGGGUUACUCCGAGAGCUUCGUAGACUAAGGAAGGAAAUUUUUUUCGAGCAUUUGUUACGCUGUUUUAAGUUUUAAGAAAGUAGUAGGACCUUUCUUAAUUUGAUCAGAAUUUUUUGGGAAGAGACUGAGUUCCUUGGUGUUCAAGUUGUCAAGGAGUCUAAGAAGGCUUUGAUUUGUGAUUCUGUGUUUAUUUAGACAACGAUAUAAGCUGCAAAAAUGUUGCCCUUUGAAAAGUGCAUGUGGAAUGGUGUGUUCGGAGAUAAUUUUUGCAGAAAAGCAUGAUGAUCGCACAAAAGAAGAACGUAUUUUGACAAAUAUCUCUGAUAAGCUCUUCUUCUUCUCCCUUCUCUUUCAUUCAGUGGUUAUUUAGUGCUUAAGCACGUAAUUAUUUGGCGUUUCAAGCCUUCACGCAAAAGUUUGAAGAACAUAUUUUUCUUUUCAUUAGAAUUCCAUGGCCAUCAUCGUUUCAGACCCAAAAAUCCAUGUUACCAGGGCUUCUAUUGUAGGCCUUUGCAUCUUGACCUUUUAAUUUUUGGCAACUUCUCGGAAAUCAGGAAAAGGAAGUAUCUGCCCUUUCGUGGUUCCAAGAGAAGGGGCCUGAAGACUAUGGGCCAACUGCUUCUUAGUGCUUCAGGGCCACCAUUAAAACGGAGAGCUGGUUUGCGAAGAAAACAAGCAGGAAGGGGUUCAUAUCGUGGCAGCUAGAUAGGGAACUGAAGUAGUGAAUACUAUUGUCUUUUUUAAGAGGAUUCUGUUAAGAAUCUCUCUCUCUCUCUCUCUCUCUCUCUCUCUCUCUAAGAGGUGUUUCCAGCUUUGAUCUCUGGUCAUUCAAAGCUUGGCAAAUGGAAACACCACUGAGGCAGUUGUUGAAAGGCUUUUGCCAUGACUCGGAGUGGCAAUAUGCAGUGUUUUGGAAGCUCAAGCACCGGAGCCGCAUGCUAUUGACUUGGGAGGAUGGGUAUUAUAAUUUUCCAAAACCACCCUGCAAUAUACAAGAUACAACAACCAAUGCAUUUUUUAAUUCCAUCGGCGGUGCAGAUUAUUCUAGUGAUGCAAUAGAUGGACGUGUUAGGCAUUCAGUGAGGGACCCAAUUGGAGCGGCGGUGGCAAAUAUGUCAUAUCUUGUGUAUGCAUUGGGGGAAGGGAUUAUUGGUCAAGUGGCAUUUUCAGGGAGGCACUACUGGGCUUUUGCUGAAAAGGUUUUCAAUGGUGAAGGGAACUCUCAGUUUGUGCCCGAGUAUCCAAGUGAAUGGCAAUUUCAGUUUGCUGCUGGUAUUAAGACCAUUGUCCUCAUACCUGUUGUGCCACAUGGGGUAGUGCAGCUUGGGUCCUUGAAACUGCUUAUGGAGGAUUUAAAGCUGGUGGAUCAUGUCAAGAGCUCCUUCAACAUGUUACAGAAUAAAGCUGGGGCUUUCUUUCCAGAUCCUGUGCAUUGCAGUUCAAACAAGAAUAACCCAGAUCCAGUAUCAUCAUCUUUUGAUUCAAUCUCUCAGAAUUCUUUUGCAUCAUCGGCUAUUUACCCAUCAAUUUCAAGAGGAAUCCAAGCUGAAAACUUGGUGGAGAAUAGUGCGGCCCCCUUGGUUUCAAAUUCAUUUACUUAUUUCCUCAAUCAAGUUGUGAAGAGUGAACUGACAUCUUUUCAGAUUCACCACAAACCAUUGAAUGAUUUUCAAGAUCUGAUAUUAGGAGAAGAAAUGGGACAUUUGGCCAUGCGACAAAAGCCAGUUGAAGAGUUGCCGGACCAAAAUAUAUAUGAGGACUCUCUGUUCAAUUUUUGCGGUCAGUCUGAUUCUAAUAUCAUGCAAGGUUCUAGCUUAUCCUCUCUAACACAAGUUGUUGAUCAAGAUUCUUUGCUGAAACAAUCCAUGCGUUCAGCAUCAUGUAAAGACCAGGAACAGAAUGGUGAGGAUUACUUAUGGGCUUUGAGCUUUCCUGCGGAAUCAGAGCUGCAUAAAGUUCUCAAACCAGUCUUUUCCAACAUGGGUUCAACAGAUGCUGCUUCCACUGAUUCAUCUACUCAAACAGCAACAAUGUCAGAACUCAUCGAGCCUCUGGUUGGGGAGUUCGAUGCAUGGCUUAGAUCAGAAGGCAGUUCAGAGCAUCUAUUGGAUGCGGUGGUGGCGAAUGCUCUGUCCACUGGUGCUCAAUCUUGUAAUAGCUCUUCAACACUUUUAGGUGGGUCUUGUUUGACCGAGUCUAAUGGGGGUGGUAGUGGUUCAAUAGCUGAUGAUUCAAUUUCGGACCCAUGGAGUGGUUACCUGGGGUUUGUUCAGGGUUCCAGAGGAACAAGUGUGAGAUCUCCAAGUGGGUUGUCUUCGAAGGCAAUGAGCACUAUGGUUGAAGGGGAGAGGAAGGAAGUUUUCUCUUGUUCACAUUCAAAGAAGUUGAUCGAGCCAUCAAAGCUUACUAAGCGAAGGGCGAAGCCCGGCGAGAGUUGCAGGCCAAGACCACGGGAUAGACAGCAGAUCCAGGACCGAGUGAAAGAGCUUCGCGAGAUUGUGCCAAAUGGAGCCAAGUGCAGCAUAGAUGCAUUGUUGGAACGCACGAUUAAGCAUAUGAUAUUCUUGCGGAAUGUUACUAGCCAUGCAGACAAGUUGAAGCUUUGCUCAAAGGUAGCCGAUAACAAGCAAAGGCCAUUAUUGGUAGGGAGAAGCAAUAGUGAUCAGAGAGGUGCAAGCUGGGCUCUCGACUUGGGAAGCCAGACCGGAGUUUGCCCUGUUGUUGUUGAAAAUCUUGAUCACCCUGGCCACAUGCUUGUUGAGAUGUUAUGUGAAGAAGAUGGGCUUUUUCUUGAGAUAGCGCAGGUUAUCAGAAACUUAGGGUUGACAAUCAUAAAAGGACUCAUGGAAGCCAGAGCGGACAAAUUCUGGGCUCAUUUUGUGGUUGAGGGACCUAGAGGCAUACAAAGAAUGGAUGUUCUUUGGCAGCUAAUGCAACUUUUACAGCCGAAAUCCCCAUCGACUCAGCUUCAAGCAAAUGUUCUUCAUGUCAUGUGAAACUCCGUCGGCCACUUGAUUUUAGUUCAGUAAUUUGCUGUUUUUGCUUGGCUUGCGGAAUGUAUCUAUGGUGUUCUAAGGAGUCAUUCAUCGUGCACAGGAGCAAAAACAGAAACAUCCACCAUGAAGAAACAACGUUUUGAACUUUCAAUAGAGUUGCAGCCUAGUUUGAAGAA